UGGCGCGCCCAAUAUUCAAACAUCAAAACAUUCAAGAUGGCUGCGGUGGAAGGCAGGAUGCAGCAAGUGCUGGAAUUAUUGUCCAAAUUUGCUCUGGAUAAGCUUGAUGACAGGUGGAUAAAGAACGUGAUGGACGCCGACUUCACGGAGGUGGAGGAUCUGCCCUCGGCGUUUGAAGACUGUCAUUACAACACCAAUUUGAGCGGUUUGUUUAGUGCUGUCAUCAGCUGUUGUCGCCACUGGGUAGACAGUUUACCUCAGCUCGCCGAGGACACCAGGCUCUCAGUGUCGGGGCACAGUGCCACUGAGGACACCGCCCUACACACCAGGUUCUGGAUUGAGCUGUCAGGGGACGUGAAGGGUGUGAUGGCGCUGUUGUUUUACUACAGUUCUCGCGGGCAGAGGUAUGACGCCAGGGAGGAGGACCGGGAGCUGGGUAUCCAGGCCGCCAGCCUCUACUUCCUCCUCCUCUGUAUCCCCGGCAGUAAUGCCUUCAGAGUGUUUCACCCCGUCAUGUAUCUCAAGGCCCUUGACAUCAUGCGUCUCACCACAAAAUUGCGAGUCGGAGUGUCGAGCCCCAAGAAAGGUCGUUCGAGUUCGGUGCGUGGUAGUCAGCGCAAGUCGCAGGACGAACAGGUCGUGGCUGAUGUUGAUGACGACGACGACGGAGAUAUUGCAAUGUUAACUCCUAGUGAAGCAAAUAAACUGAUCAGGUCAUUAAAUGUUCUCCUUAAUGAUUUUCUGAGACUGACGCAACGAUUCUCUCUCAAGCAUUCGCCGGAAUCGUUGGACGAGACUAUCAGCAUACUGAUUGAAGUGUCUCGUUGUGAAACCAGCAAUGCCAAAGGAAUAUUCAUUGGAAGGCAUGGACCUGCAUCAGUCACAGCAUUGUCAUAUAAUGCCUAUGUUGCCCUGCAGUCUAUAUGUAAUUCAAUUCAUGGCAAAGUUAAGAAAAUAGUUAUCAUAAUUAUGAAGCACAUCAUGUACAAUAUUCUCAUGAUAUCUCGUGGAGCAUCAGAUUUGUCAGUUCGUUCCUUGGGAGUUAUUCGGGACCAUUCACAAAUUUUCGUAAAAUAUAUACUGACCCAGGUGAAAGAAGAUGCAUACGAUGGGGUAUAUGUCCUCAUUCAACACCUCUGUGUCCGUGUACCUGACAGGGCAGAGUUCAGGCAAAAAACUGCUCAAUCUGUAGUGGAAAUAAUGCGUUAUCUUCCCAUUCAACUUUACACACGUCUUAUGAAGUGGUUUUUCAAGUUCUCGCACAAUGAAAAAGCCGGUCAUAGGCUGUUUAUGCUUGAAGUGAUCUCCAAGAUGUUGGGGGAAGAAGAACGCCAGGCUGAUAGGGAGGAAGGCACGCCCAGAAACAGCGUAGACGAUAACCCUCCUGGAUCAAGGCUAAAGUCAAUUGCCGAGACUGACGAAAGUGGAGGAGGAGAUGCAGAGAAAAGUUUUCAUAAUGUUUCUCUAGAUCAUCCAGUGGAAGUCCCUCCAGAUCGCAAUAUUCUGUCUCAUAAAUUUUUACUGAGUAUCAUUUUCUCAAGGUGCCGCGAUAGUGCUGCAACUGUACGAUCAAAAGCUCUUGCUCUUCUGGCCGACUGCACCUUUUCCACCAACCCUACAAUAAUGCUCGCCAUGAAACAGAUUUUUUUCCGCAGCCGGCCAAUGAUGUUUGCAACGCCGCACAUUCAAAAUAAUAACAUCAACUUAGAAUCACCAUUGGAAAUGACUGAAGAGGAAACUCUUAACUUCCCCAACGCUGCAAGAGUUGUGUCAAUGUUGCGCAGACGAGCACUGGAUGACAAAGUGACCGUGCGGAAGUCUGCUCUACAAGCUUUAGAGAAUCUAAUGCGUCUGGAUAAUGAGAUGCUCUCAGACAAGAACUUGGAGGUCUUAUUAGAACACUGUCGGGAUCCAGCAUUGCUCGUGAGGAAACAGAUAAUUACAUCUUUAACAACUCUUGUGAAUUGUUACCCCGAACAUGAGACUGUCAUCACAACCUGGAUCAAAGGGGUUUUGCCUCUUGUGCUUGACCCUGAGAUAAAAGUACAAGAGCGUGUUAUAGAGGUUCUUGAUCAACUGGUGUUCAGGCGCUUAUUAGUUCAUGGGCAUCCCGAGUCAGACACGCCUGAGAACAAACUUCCGUGGCUUAUACUUGGUGUCAUCACAAAACACAGUCACCACAAGUUCUUCAGCAAGGCUCUUCUUAUGUGGUCCAAGUCAGAAUAUUUGAGGUUGCCGGUAAUGAACAUAGCACGAACACACAUUGGUAAGGAAAACAAUGAGGAAGUGUGGACAUUGUUGGCACUCAUCACAAAUUAUGUUACUCUGAAGGAUGCCACCUUUGCUGUAGACUACUUUGAAGAACACUGCCAGGUCAAUUCCGAGGUGGGAUCCUAUACACUUCUACAAGUGUUAAAGGUGCUAAGCAACAGCAUCAAGCACGUACCUGGUGAUCGUGCAGAGCCCUUACAACAACAGCUUUUGGAACCUAUCACCAGUUUCUCAGUUGGAGCUGAGCUCAUAUCCCACAUAAUAGAUACUAUAACCCUUCUCAGCUACAGUCUGCAUGGUGAUGAUGCAAAAGGUCAAGAUGCCAUAGAGAAAUGGGCAGCACCACUUCUGAAGGCUUGUGAUGAACACCUUAAGUAUAUUUUAUUUGAGAAGGCUGAACCACUAGAUGAAGAUGGGGAAGAAAGGCUUUUCAGGCAUCUUUUCACCUUGGGAGAAACUUCCAUGCUGUGCCCACAUAAGGUAAACAAGAGGAUGUUCCUCAUGCUUCAGAGUAUAAUUUUCCACCAACCUGGAGACAAGUCCGCCCCCACAACCGUCCCUUCCUCACAGACGCAGAGCUCCCAACCUGCCACAAUUACCUUUACGCCAACCAUGCGGGUCAAGGCACUUGCUGUGGUGACAUUAGGCAAGAUGUGCUUACAACAUGAGGACCAAGCUAAGCGUAUCAUUCCUGCUAUGGGGAAGAUGCUCGACACGACCAAGUAUUCAGCUCUCAAGAUAAACAUUGUCUUCACCUUGUCAGAUAUGUGUGUCAGGUAUGCAACUUUAGUUGAUCCUUUGAUGCCUCAAGUUACAGCGUGCCUUCGUGAUCCAGACAUUAAAGUUCGUCGUAACACACUGACUUUGCUCAUUAACCUGUUACAAGAAGAUUAUCUCAAGCUAAAAGGAUCAUUCUUCUAUAGAAUUUUACAGUGUCUUACAGAUGAUCAGGAAGAUAUUCGCAGUACCGUUAUCUUCUAUGUAACAGAACGCUUGCUGAAACGCUUCCCAAAAAUUCUGAGUCAGCACUUCAUUGAAUGCAUUUUCCACUACAACUGUUAUGAGGAACAUGAAACUUACAACAAGUUUACUCAGACUACCAUGGAAAAGGAAUUGUUCUCCCUUGCUGGCAAGGAGCACUCUAGAGAAAGACACAUGAUAUAUUGCUUCAUGCUGGACCACAUGUCAGAUGACCAACGUUUUCUUAUGACUCAGCGACUUUGCCAAGAUGUUCUUGGUGGAGUGGUUGACGGGCGCAUUAAGCUGACCCCGAGUAGCCUGCCCAUGUUACAAGACACACUCACAGUACUCAGCAGUGAUGAGAUCAAGCUGGCUUCUCUGAAAUGCAGACCAGAGGAUGUUGAUCAACCCACAGACUUGGCAGAAGAAGCAGCAAUGGCAGGAAUGGUCAUCAAGAAAACUAUUAUCUCUCAGGUGGUGAAGCAAAAUGUAAUUGAAAAUAUUGUGCCAAUCCUGAUUGCUGUCAAGCAUAAGCUGGAGGAACAUCACUCACCAUUGAUGAAACAUCUCUUGCUCUACCUGAAAGAGAUUAUGAGGGAUUACAAGAAUGAGGUAAAAGAAAUUCUAGCAGGAGACAAACAGUUGGCAAAGGAAAUAGAAUUUGAUUUACGGCGGUUUGAUCAAGAACGAGACGAUGAUAAAAAUGAGGAAAAUGUAGCAGGUAGCGGUGACGAGGGCGAGCACAAUCGAGUGCAAACUGAUAACCAACACGGAGGAAGUGCUGGAAGUGGUGAUAAAGGAUCAUUGGGUACCUCCCCAUCACUUGCCUCAAAGCUAAUAAUUGUAGAAAAGGACAAAACAAUCUCUACUCCAAAGUUAACCUGUAAAAUUACAUGUGGUAAUGAACUUAGAAAACAGGUCUUACUUAAGAGUAAAGCUUUAGCUACUAGGAGGAGAAGUAUUGCUGUUCCUACAGAUCAUUUUCCUGACAAAAGUUCACAUGAAUUAUCAAGUAUACUAAGACAAAGAAGAGCAAGUGUCAGUGAUUUCAGAGAAAUGGGGAGCAAAAAUGUUACACUCAAAACCCCAGAAAAAGCUAUUACUCAGGUGGAGCAAAUCUCGGUUGAAAGUGAGUCGGUGUGUGAGGAAGAGAGCAAGACAAAACAUACUCCACCACCAGCAAAGAUCAGGGAAGAUUUAUUGAGAGCUAUUAGUACCCCACAAUCUCAGGUAGGUGUUAUUAGCAAUAUCACAUUUGUUAAUGAAACACAAGAAGUUAGUUCCAUUACUCUAGAUUCAACUGUCUUAAAUGUUGAUAGAGAGGAAACCAGACAGCCAAAAUUGCUGCUUCAUCUUCAAAGUCCUGAAGCUUUUGCACAGGAAUCAGAGUUUAGUCGCAUACGGAAAAGCACUAGAAGAGAUCUUAAUUCAGAACUUAAGAAGAUUGAUAAAACUAAGAUAAAAGAAGUAAGUAAAUCGGGAGAGCUCUUCGAAUCUUGUUCAGGCGAGUCCACACAGAGUGAAGACGAGCCCGUUAAUCCAACCAAGAAGUCUGAAUUAAUUAGAAAAAAAAAACAGAAAUCAGAAAGUCGUGGCAAAGUGAAACGUACGAGAGAAAUGGCGUCCCUGAGCCCUGAUUCUAAAAAAGGUCAAGCUAACAGAGAAACAGUAAAGCCGGGCCAAAAAAGAAGUAAAACGAGGAAUCAGUAAUGAAAAAUUUAUUUUUACAAAUUUGUAUGAAUGUUGAUAAAGUGAAGAAAAGGAUGUGUGUGUGUAUACAGUAGUUCAAAAUGUAACCAAUAUAUAUUUAGGUUAUCAGCUGGAGAUGUUGAAUAAAUCCAACUUAGUUAUGUGUGCAUAAUGACCUGUUUGUAGUUAUGAGAAAGAGGUAAAGGGUUGCUUUAAGAUAACACAUCACCAUAACACUGAGCAAAACAACUAACUAAGAAGCCAUAAUGUUCCAAAACAAGCAACAACUAUGAAUUUGUUUACCCUGACUAAACAAUGUAAAUAAGGCUCAGGUGAGGAAAUCGCUGCCUCGAUACUCUCGUCUGUCAUCAGACCAGGAGUCUCUGCCAUCCUGCAAGCUCAUUUAUGAGCCUAGUACACAUCCAGAGAACUUUGGCCCCGACUCCUUUAGACCCCGAGUGGUUUUGGCCAUCCUCGGGAUAACAAGUUGUGUGCAGAGCCAUUGUUUCAUUGUGUUCCAUAUUGAGCUUAACAUGUGUUGUGGCCAGGAUUAUCUUCCCUGGUAACCAGGCCAUUGUUUCCCCCGCCCUCCAGGGUUAUCAUUCCUGUGUUGCCUCCUCUCCAGGUAUCUGCCAGGUAAUGCAGGAGCUUGGCUACAGCUAUAAGGCCAGUGCUAAUAGGGAGAUAGGGGGGUUCUAAUUUCUAGCAAUUUGCAAGUGCCUUUACAUCCUGCUCUCUUGAACCUGUCUUGCUGAUGCCUUGGUGGAGGAUGUGCAUGGAUAGAGUAAGUGACUUCUCACCUAACAGCAAACCUAACCCAAUUGAAGUCCAUUGAAGUUAUUGGUUAAUUCCUUGUAAAAUCAUUUUGAGGAAAGAGGCUUUAAUAUGUGGUUCCUUGGUAUUUGCUACUUGGCAAGCUUCACCCAAUUCAUUCCGUGCCAGGCCAUUGUGAGUCAUAUAAGCCUACUGGUGAUCAGAGGCCAAAAUGUGGCCCCCUCUAAUGAGGUGCAAGGAGUAGGGGAUUGUACAUCUCUCUCAUCAAGAAAAGGCUGACUGGAAGGUGGGUGAACCAAAACAUACAAACAGUAAACUAUACAAAGCAUAGAAAAUAGGACAGGGAAGCCUCAAACCACGCAGUCUAGAAGCAGCUCUCUCCAACUACACACGCACACCACCUGGCAACAGGGCACGUUUUCCCUCGAUCCACCAUCUUGACACCUCGGUCACAUGCCUGGCACUUGUGUCUACCACAUUUGCUGUUACACUCCUCUUCCCAUCCCAGUGCUCUUCAGGUCCCACCUUUUUCAGACAAGAAUUGACCAUCCUGGACUUUUUGUCCUGCGGGGCAAUUUGCUUGUGUAUUUAUGCCCCUAUUGUAGUGUUUGCUUCAUAAUGCAUGUGUAUUUAUGCCUCUAUUUUAGUGUUUGCUUCACAAUGCAUGUGUAUUUAUGCCUCUAUUGUAGUGUUUGCUUUACAAUGCAUGUGUAUUUAUGUCUAUUGUAGUGUUUGCUUCACAAUGCAUGUGUAUUUAUGCCUCUAUUGUAGUGUUUGCUUCACAAUGCAUGUGUAUUUAUGCCUCUAUUUUAGUGUUUGCUUCACAAUGCAUGUGUAUUUAUGCCUCUAUUUUAGUGUUUGCUUCACAAUGCAUGUGUAUUUAUGCCUCUAUUGUAGUGUUUGCUUCACAAUGCAUGUGUAUUUAUGCCUCUUCUUGCAUGUAUUCACUGUUCAACUCAAACUGCACUUGCGUAGUGAUAUUCUCCAAGGUGGCUGUCUCUGAGACGCCAGGUUCCUGUUGGAAGGUGCCUGUUGUAGCAGUGUACGGCUCUUUGACUCCUCUGCAAGGUAUUGUGGAUGGGGGACAGUCUGUGUUAAGGGUCUCACGGGUUGUUAGCAUGCUCAUUAUAUGACACUCCACUCCAACCCUAACACCUGCAUUUGCCCUAGUCUGUUUUUUGGUGUUUGUAAUAUUCAGCUAGCAGCACCUGUGCCCUGUGUUCGUGCUCGAUCUAUCCUUUGGGACUCUGAAAGCUCUUUGUAGCCUUUUAGAGGGUUCAGUGUUGACCACCCUUCUGAUUCUACCCUCACUGGGUGAGAGUUUGAAGGAUGUGCCCUGAUUUGUUGUAAUCCUAUGGCUAUUCUUGCUGCCUCCAUCACACCACGUGUUGGGUGAGAGAGAUGUUCUACCCUAAGGCUUGCGAUGUUUGUGAUAGUUGGGUCGUCAUUUUAGCCACACCUCCUUAUAGGGGGACAUUGGUUAUCAGGUGGUUGUAACUUUAUGGACCAGGUUUGUCUGUAUACAUAAGUUAUAACUUAAUGCUGAUGUGGUUGCCCCCAGGGUUGGCUCUUUUGACUUUCCAAGAUUCACUUGCUCCAAUAUUGCUGCUCUAUCUUCUUCCUCAGGUCUAGCUGGUAUUGAUUGGCAGGCAUGUGGGCUUUUCCCUUUGCUCACAGCUUCCAAAUGUCUUGAGGGUCUUGAAAUUUAGGGGGUGAUGAUACUCUAGUGAAGGUAGCUGAGCUACUGCUUUCCACCGAGGAUCCGCUCCCAUCUGUUUCUUGUGGGUUGGUUUACAGCCGUGGAUCCUUCCCUGUGGGGAUAUGAUUUUAUGUCUUCUACAUCUGGUGUGCAUUGUGCCCCUGUUCCUGUGGUGUCUGGGGCUGGGAAGGACCCCAAGUUUGGUAGCUGCAUGCUUUUUCACCUUUAUAAUUGGUUCCUUCUGAGAAGGGGUAUAGUAUAGUAUUUGAAAAAUGCAGACGGUUUUGUUGACCCCCCCCCCCCCCCUGUACAUUUCUGGGUUCAAGUAGAGUUCCUGUUACCAUCAUACUUGCUGAGUUUUCCAAAUUCCCAUCUUUCACCCUUGAUGUCACUUGGAUCUUUCUCUGUUCCCCUUUCAGGAUGAGAACCUCACAACUUUGUGGACCUUCUUCUUUUGAAUCUGGGUUAACCACGUCUUAUUGGUUGUGGUGCGAGGUUUCUGAUUCAUCUUGUUGUGGGCAACCCUCUCCACCACCACCUUUGGGGCCCCGGGCAGUGCUUUUGCCAUACCCGAACACUUGAGUGGUGUGUGAGGCGUGAUUGAUCUGUGUGGCUCCCUGUAGCUAGCUGCUAUGAGAUAGCUCCACACCUGUUAUUCACAUCAGCUUUUAUGAGUCCUAAAAAGCCAACCAGAGGCCAAAACCUGGCACUCCCCUUCCCCACAGAGGUGCAUGGAGCAGAGGAUUCAUGAUCCAACCUGUCCUCUUGAAUAAUAUAUCUCAUUUUAAUGUCAAAAUCCCCAUCAUUAAAAAUGUGAUGUACUAUAAAUCAAAUCGACUCACAAUCACGCUUUCUAUGUAUGGGUUUGGUUAGGUUCAGGCAAUUUAGUACAUCAUUUUUGUGACCUGACAACUUUAUAGGAUGGGCUAUAUUAUCACCCUCACUGAAGAAACAAACCCUCAGUAAAGAAGCACAGCAAAAAUUACAACUGCAAGGUUCACGGAAAACAAUGAAACAAGUUCACCCAGUGGUUAGGUCAUACACUCCUAGUAACAGCUGGCCCACUACUAGGUGCCAUCUCCCCAUGUCAACACUCCUCAGUCCUUUGCCUGAUGUGAGAUUUGUCUGACCGUUCCGUGAGUCACCAGCUCUUCAGGACCCAUAUUUUCUAGAUAGGAGUUAGCCAUCCUUCGAACUCAUUUAUGGGGGCCCAUUUGCUUGUGUAGAUGACUGAGGUGUUGAGGUUGGUCGAUCAAAGAGGAAGAUGGGCAGGUGGGAACUAAUGAGAGAACUGCUUGACGUCUGGCUGGUCCGCGAGUCUCGGGGCUUUGCUAUCCAUUUUCUAUACUUUGUAUACCUUUCUGUUUGUAUAUUUUGCAUCACUCACCUUUCUGGUGGCUUUUUCAUGGUUUGGGUGAUCUAUGAUACCCUGCUCCUUGCGCCUCUUUGGAGGAGGAGCAAGUUUUGGCCUCUGGUCCUCAGUAGGCUUAUAUGACUCGCAAGGGCCUAGCUUGGAUUGAGUUGGGUGGAGCUUGGUAGCUAACAUGUACUAAGGACCCACCAGAAAGUCAUUUCAUUACAUUUGAUGCUGGUUUUGCAGUUUUAAAUUGAGGAUGGUGCACAAGAGCCCCCUUGCCCGGUCACGGCACGACACCUGUGAGGAGGAGCAAUAACAAAAGUGAAGGAAGUUUCUCAUUUCCUCACCCAUCAAAUAAUGGGUUAUUGAACAACUAUUCUCCUAAUAUUUUUGAUGAGUGACAUAUUGAUGGAAAACACUUGUUUUUUGUUACCACCUGCCGUGGUUGCUGCAAGGUCACACAACUCAUGUUACAACGCCUGCCACUUUUGUAGGAUGCCAAAAAUAAUAGUUUAGUGAUGGCUAAUGUUUAGGGUCUAUACAAACAACAAAUGAUGCAUUGUGUAGUCCUAUUUCCCCAUGUUGGUGUCAUUUUCAGUCUGAUAACUAUUAGGUUUUCAUCUUUAAGUACCAAAUUUAUUAAUGAGUGUAAUGAAUUAUUUAGAAACAAAUUUAAUUGAAAUAAUAUUCAAUAUUAUGUACAUUUAGCUAUUAUAGUGUAGAUUUUUUAUUUUGAAUAAAUUUUUUGCCUUAAA